UACUUGCGCAUGCGCAGCUGAAACCCGGACUCUCGCGCUGCGUUUGUCGCUCUGGUAGCUGAAGCUGAUGCAAGAAGUCGCUAAAAAGGAAGGUUGAAAACUAAACCGCAAAACGUAUAUAACGUUUUAUUUCACUGUAGACUCUAAAGGAAGAAGAGUUUGAAACGCUUUCAGCAACAAUGUCUGGAGACGAGAUGAUCUUCGACCCCACCAUGACCCGGAAGAAGAAGAAGAAGAAGAAGCCGUUCAUGCUGGAGGAGGACGGGGUGGAGGCGCCCAGCGAGGAAACGCCGGUGCCCGAGGCCAGGGACCUGGAGCCCGACGGGGGGGAGGACAGAGAGCUGGACCUGGAGGAGGACGAGGGCCGGAGGAAAGAGCCCACAGAUGACCUGGACGACCUGAACUUUUUCAACCAGAAGAAAAAGAAAAAGAAACCCAAGAAGAACUUUGACAAUGACCUGGAGGAAGGGAUGAAGGAGCUCAAGAUCGAGGUGGAGCAAUCGGAACCUCUGGAAGAGGAUGAUCUUCUGCUGCCUGCCAAGACGAAGAAAUCCAAGAAAGAAGGUGAUAUCCUGGACAAGGAUGACGGCCUGGAGGACGAUGACGGGAGAAACAAUGAUGGCAUCACAUUCAGCUCACAAUCAGGGCCGGCGUGGGCGGGGACAGAAAGGGACUACACGUAUGAUGAGCUCCUGAAUCGCGUCUUCAACAUCAUGAGGGAGAAGAACCCCGACAUGGUGGCCGGAGAGAAGAGGAAGUUUGUGAUGAAGCCGCCACAGGUGGUCAGAGUCGGCACCAAGAAGACCUCCUUUGUCAACUUCACAGACAUCUGCAAACUAUUGCAUCGCCAGCCCAAGCAUCUCCUGGCCUUCCUGUUAGCCGAGCUGGGGACGUGCGGCUCCAUUGAUGGGAACAACCAGCUGGUGAUCAAGGGGAGGUUCCAGCAGAAACAGAUCGAGAACGUCCUGCGAAGAUACAUCAAGGAGUACGUGACGUGUCACACCUGCCGCUCUCCGGACACCAUCCUGCAGAAGGACACGCGCCUGUACUUCCUGCAGUGCGAGACCUGCCACUCCCGCUGCUCCGUCGCCAGCAUCAAGACCGGCUUCCAGGCCGUCACGGGCAAGAGGGCGCAGCUGCGCGCCAAGGCCAACUGAAGCCCCGCCCAUCCCCUUCCACCACCCCCACCCCACCCUCCACCCCACCCCUUCUUCACCCGCAACGGACACUUUCAACUGAACUGUGACCCGGCCCCCAAUUCGUUAGCGAAAACAUUUGCCUAUUUCAAACGACAUCAAUAAAAGUGCAUAAAAGAGCGUGGGUGGCGGUGCCGCCGAGCUUUCCGGGGGUUGUUUCGCGAUACGAUAACUGCCAGGUUCGUCUGGACGUCGUGCCGGAGAAAUCCACCCGUGUCUGCCGGCACCGGCUCUGCCCGAGGUUGUGUUUUUUUUGUUUUUGUUUUGUUUUUUUUAGGACUUAUUAUUAUUCUCAAAUUAAAAUGAUAUCAAGGGUA